AUGGGGAACGAUCAUCUUCAUCGAUGGGUGCUUGCUUGUGCGGUUGCAGCAGCGAUGCACAUGGCGGCGCCUUUAGUGGUAGUUCAGGCGGCGCAGCAGCAUCAGAUGGUGCCGUGCAUGUACAUCUUCGGCGACUCGCUGGUGGACAACGGCAACAACAACAACAUCCUCAGCCUCGCCAGGGCCAACUACCGCCCCUACGGCGUCGACUUCCCGGACGGCGCCGCCCCGCCCGGCCGCUUCACCAACGGCCGCACCAUGGUCGACCUGCUCGCCGACCACCUCGGCUUCCGCCCUCCCCUCAUCCCGGCCUACGCCCUGGCGGAGCCAGCCGACCACGCGCGCGGCCUCAACUUCGCCUCGGGCGCCGCCGGCAUCAGGCACGAGACCGGCAACAACCUCGGCGGGCACUACGCUCUGUCGGAGCAGGUGGAGCACUUCAGGACGGUGGUGCAGGGGCUGGAGCCGGGGAAGAGCCAGCAGCUGGGGCGGUGCAUCUACUACGUCGGCAUGGGCAGCAACGACUACCUCAACAACUACUUCAUGCCCGACUACUACCCCACCGCCCGGAACUACGACCCCUCCGCCUACGCCGCGCUCCUCCUCGCCGAGUACGAACGCCAGAUCACCGACCUCUACGCCCUCGGCGCAAGGAAGUUCGUCAUCGCCGGCGUCGGCCAGAUCGGGUGCAUCCCCUACGAGCUCGCCAGGGUCAACGACAACCCUCCUCCCGCCGCCGGCAUCGGCAUUGCCGUCCCUGGCAUCAGCAUCUCUGUCGGUGGCGGCGGGGGAGGAAACGCAGGCAAGAGGAACGGCGGCUGCAACGAGGAGAUCAACAGCGCCAUCGCCAUCUACAAUAAAGGGCUGCUGGCCAUGGUGAAACGCCUCAACGGUGGGAGCCAGACGCCGGGAGCCAGGCUCGUCUUCCUCAACGCCGUCAACAGUGGCAAGGACCUAGCGGCCAACGCGGCGGCGUACGGGUUCACGGUGCUGGACCGCGGGUGCUGCGGCGUGGGGCGCAACAACGGCCAGAUCACUUGCCUGCCCAUGCAGACGCCCUGCGACGACCGGAGCAAGUACAUUUUCUGGGACGCGUUCCACCCCACGGAGGCGGCCAACAGGAUCAUCGCCGCCAAGGUCUUCAACUCCUCCUCCACCGCCGACGCGUACCCCAUCAACGUCAGCCGCCUCGCCGCCAUAUGA